AAAACCUCUUGAAUAAAACUUUUACAAGUUGUUAAUUCUCAAACACCUUUCUCCCUAUUCUAUUCACCAACAUUUCCCGCUGUACCAACUUCACUUUUUGAAAGACCAUUAAUGGAGGAACUUAAAUAUCUUCUUUUUAGUUUAUUGAUCAUCUGUAGCAUCGGCUGUGCAUUAAGUCUCCAGAUUGGAGAAACAUGUUCUAGUUCCGAUGAUAGUACAUGCGAUGAAGGAUUGAUAUGUGGGACUUGCCCCGCAAAUGGUAAUACCCGACCCAGAUGUACCCGGGUUCAACCCAUCAACCCCACAUCAAAGGUGAAAAAUCUCCCAUUUAAUCGCUAUUCAUGGCUGACAACACAUAAUUCAUUUGCAAUAGUUGAUUCCAAGUCAUAUACGAGUUCAAGGAUACUUGCUCCUACUAAUCAAGAACAUUCAGUGACCACCCAGCUUCAAAACGGUGUUCGAGGGCUGAUGCUUGAUAUGUAUGACUUCAACAACGACAUCUGGUUGUGUCACUCGUUUGCCGGAACAUGUUUAAAUGUCACUGCUUUUCAACCGGCAAUUAACACGCUUAGAGAGAUUCAAGUGUUUCUAGAGGCAAACCCAUCAGAGAUCAUCACCAUUUUUAUUGAGGAUUAUGUUACUUCUCCACAAGGAUUGACGAAGGUCUUUAAUGCAUCUGGUCUAAGCAAAUUCAUGUUUCCACUGUCUCGGAUGCCUAAAGGCGGAGCAGAUUGGCCUAGAGUGGAUGAUAUGGUCCGUCAGAAUCAACGAUUGGUGGUCUUCACCUCUAAAUCUUCGAAAGAGAAAACAGAGGGAAUAGCUUAUGAAUGGAGAUAUGUUGUGGAAAACCGGUAUGGAAGAAGUGGGAUGAUUACUGGAUCUUGUCCACAUCGCUCUCAAUCGUCACCGCUGAACACAAAAGCAAUAUCACUUGUUCUUCAGAAUUACUUUCCCUCGAAUCCCAACAUAACAAAAGCUUGUGUUGAUAAUUCGGCUCCACUACUCAGUAUGAUGGAUGCUUGUCAGAAAGCAGCUGGAAGACGAUUUCCAAACUUCAUUGCUGUGGAUUUUUACCAGAGAAGUGAUGGAGGAGGAGCUCCAGAAGCUGUCGACCAAGCAAAUGGUCAACUCACUUGUGGGUGUGCCAGCAUAGCGUAUUGCAAGGAAAAUGCAACAUUUGGGACAUGUGAUAUUCCUCGGCUUUCACCUCCACCACCAGCAGCACUCACACCUGAAUCAGUGUCAAAAAGUCCCAGCAGUGCUGCUUCUGAUACUAUGCUAGCUAAACGUCGUUGGCUGAUUGCAGCAAUUCUUCUUACAGUGCUGUUAUGUUGGUCGUAGAAACUGAAAUGAGCUGCUAUGAAGCUAUUCCAUUAUUCUUUAAUACACAGUUUUGUUAUAGAUAUAGAAUACAGGAUCAUAGUUCUGUGCAGACAUAGAAUAAAAUUUCUGGCCCAUUUUAUAGUAAUAAAUAAUCAACAGGAGUUUGUUGUAAAA